AUGAUCGAAUUCUUGGUGUUCGCGCUGAUCUUUUGGGUGCAGUCCGACAGCUGCAUUGAGGGCAAGAACGGAAAGUUCUCCCACGCAUUGUGGAUGAGCAGUCGUACGGCGUCUACCCUGGGUUUCAACCAGAUCUCACCCAAUCCGGAAUGCACCUUCACCAACCUCAUGGUCAUGUGCCAGGUGAUUGCCUCAUCCCUGGUCAACUUCAUCAUGUUGGGACUCGUGUUCGCCAGGUUCUCAGCCCCCUCCAAAAGAGCAUCCACUAUUAGAUUCAGCAGUGUGAUGGUUUGCUACCAGCAGCCCUCCAGCGGCUACUGGUGUCUAUCCCUCCGGGUGGCCAACAUCAGGAAGCACCAGCUCCUGAAACCCACGUUGAGACUGGUGCUCACCGCGGUCGACUCGAUAACGCCCUCCAACUACCUGUUUGAAAACCUGGCCAUUGACGCACACAGCAUGCAGGAGACCAACUUGGAGCUGGGUUUCCCCGCCAACGUGACCCACAUCAUCACCCCCUCCUCCCCCCUAUACAAUCUAUCAGUGCUGGAGAUGGACACCAGAAUGAUGGAGCACCAAGAGCACCCGCCAGUUGACCCGCCCUCCGCCUCCUCCACCUCCUCUCCCGCCUUUUCACGUCUCAAUGACCUGCCUGCACAUGACGACGCAUGGCGACACAUGACUACCGAAAAGGUGCUGGUCUUUGUGGACGGCAUCGACGCCAUGACCUCGAAGAACAUGAGCGCGCGGCACGCGUACGGCACUAAUGAGGUGCACGUGAAUGAGAUGUUCCAGCCCCUCCAUUUGGAGAUGCGGGGAGGCAGUCUGGGACUGGACUUUUCAGGAUUCGAUCUGACCAUGCUGGCGUCUGUGGAGCUCCUCAACGAGCACAACAGUGAGCCCGGACUGGCGGAGAGGCCGCUGCCCGAGGUGCAGUCCCACAUGUGGCAUCUGAGACAUAUGACCUUCAAACGGUUGACCGAGAAAGAUCACGCCAACCGCCAACCGGCCUCCGAAAGCCCUGCCGCUGGCUCCGGCCCCUCAGCAACGGGGUCCCGGGGCCAGACGGUCGCCUACCGCCCACCCAGCCGCGUCGACGGUGCCGCGAGCUCCGCCGCUGCCGCAGGCGCUGGCGGCGGCGGUGUCCCCGGCGGCGCUUCGGCCAAUCCGUUCUCAUCACACGGCAGUGGCGGUGGCGGCGGUAGCGGCGCGAUGGCGGCUUCGGGUGGCGGUACGGUGGCGAGCUCCUGGAUGGGCUUUGGCAUGCCGCUGCAGCCUGGCGCUGCUGGCAUUGCCGCCGCGCCGGCAGCUCCGUCGCAGUCCCUGGCGGGGCCCGGCGGCCAGCAGCAGCAGCAGCAGCAGCCUGCUCCGAUGCCGCUUUCGGCCUUCAUCAACUCGGGGCAAUCUGGACUGGAGUCCUUUGCGGACAUGACCCUCCCGGUGCAGCACCCGCACCCGCACCGGGGUAGCCCCCAGCAGCAGCAGCAGCAGCAGCAAGCGGCAUCCGACAUGCAAUCCCUGGUGUCGCCGUCGCCACGAGGGUCCUGGGGUGCGGUGGGACAGCCGCUACCCCAACAGCACCCGGUUUACCCGGGGCCAGGCUCCGGAGCUGGCGGUGGCAAUGGACUGGAGAUGCUGCCGACGUCCUUGCCGGCGAUGGAGCCGCGUUCGAAUGGCAUUGGCGGCGGGGCUGCUGCCGGCGGCCGGUGA